UCAGCCAUGGGGUUUUUGGAGGAUUAUGUUUGAAGUUGAAACCUUCAAAAAACCAUUUACUCCCCCAGCUGAUGUGUUUUACAAGACAACGCUGAUUACAAGAUUGGAUAUUUGUUUUCGUGGAUUAAUUCUGUAGAUGAGAUGCUAAAUUCUGGGAUUUCUUGAAUUCUUGAUUUGCAAUUUUGCAUUUUUCUUUCACUUUUCAUAUUUGCUUGAUUUUCCAUUUUCUUGAAUUGGGAGUUCUGCAAUGACUACUCUUCUUCCCGCCAUUUCACUUCCUUGUCUUUCAAAACCCCAGCAUUUUUUCCUUCCAUUUAAAACAGAGUCUUCCAAUGCCAUCUUCACUGGCUUCUCUUCUUGUAAACCAAUACUUAACAACAGUUUUCAGAACCCAAAAACAAAAAUAACCCAAUGCAGGACCAUCUCAGAUGUAUUUCCCUGUGAAGACACCUUUGUCUUCAGUGACUGGCCUGAGCUCCUUAAAAUCUCAACUGAAUCUAGAGAUUUUUUGUUGGGCCAGGCAAUUCACGCGUAUCUAGUGAAAUCAAGCUCUCAAUGUGAUCCAUUCGAAGGCAAUAAUCUAAUUAGUCUUUAUUUAAAAUUCAAUAGAUUAGAUUUGGCACGGAGGGUGUUCGAUCAAAUGCAUGUAAGAAACACAAUCACCUGGACUUCACUAAUGAAGGGGUAUUUGGAGGAUAAUGAUUUUCAAUCUGUAUUUUGUAUUGCGGGUGAUAUGUUUGAAUUCGGCGAGAAGUUCAAUGAGCACACUUGCACGGUGAUUUUACAAGCAUGUAGCUUCUCAGAGGAUAAGAUAAUCGGGGAACAGAUUCAUUGUUUUGCCAUAAAAUCUGGGUUUGUCGAUAAUGUUUAUGUUGGUACUUCUUUGAUUGCAUUGUACACAAGAGGUGGAUUCUUUGGUGAUGCAGAGAAAGUGUUUGACAGCACGGCUGGUAAAGAUGUGCGUUGUCUAAAUUUUAUGAUUUUGGAAUAUGGGAGGGCCGGAAAUGAGGAAAAGGCUAUUGAGGUUUUCAUAAAUCUACUGAGUUCUGGUUUUGAGCCAAAUGAUUAUACGUUCACUAACAUAAUUAACACGUGCAAUGGAGAUUUAGGUGUAGAGGAGGGUAAACAAUUGCAGGGGCUUGCUUUUAAGUAUGGUGUUCUGAAUGAAACUUCAGUUGGAAAUGCAAUUAUUACAAUGUAUGGAAAAAAUGGAAUGGCUAAGGAGGCCAAGAGAAUGUUUUCUGUAAUGACUGAGAGGAAUGUGAUUUCAUGGACUGCACUUGUAUCAGGCUACUCAAGGAGUGGCUAUGGCAAAAAAGCUGUUGAUGCAUUCAUGGAAUUGCAUUACCUUGGUGUAAACGUUGACUCUAGUUUGUUAACUAUUGUUCUUGAUUGCUGUUCAGAGUACAACUUCUUGGAAUUGGGACUUCAGAUCCACGGAUUUGUGAUAAAGCUUGGUUAUGAAGGUGAUGUUAAUAUUGGGACUGCUUUAGUUGAUUUAUAUGCCAAAUCUGGGAACCUGCAGUCUGCAAGAAGAGUUUUUAAUGGUCUUUCAAUUAAGAGUACUGCUUCUUUCAAUGCCAUUCUGGCUGGAUUUAUGGAAGACAGUGGAAAUGAUGAACAAGACUCCAUGGUUUUAUUUAAUCAGCUCAGGACGGCUGGUAUUAAACCAGAUUUGGUGACUUUUUCGCGAUUACUUAGUUUGUCAGCUAAUCAAGCUUCAUUACAAAGAGGGAGAAGUUUUCAUGCUUAUGCUAUUAAGACAGGAUUUGAAGCUGAUUUUUCUGUAGCUAAUGCUGCGAUUACAAUGUAUGCCAAAUGUGGAAGCAUUGAAGAUGCAAAUAAAAUCUUUAUGGCUAUGAAUGAACAUGACUUUGUAUCUUGGAAUGCCAUGAUUUCUGCUUAUGCUCUUCAUGGCCAAGGCCAAAAGGCUUUAUUGCUAUUUGAAGAAAUGAAGAAAAAAGAAAUUGCUCCUGAUGAGAUCACAAUAUUGGCCAUUCUUCAAGCUUGCACUUACUCUGGUCUAUGGGAAGAUGGAAUAUGCUUAUUCAAUAUGAUGGAGCCAAAAUAUGGAAUUAAACCUUUACUUGUGCACUAUGCUUGUAUGGUUGAUCUUUUGGGUAGAGCUGGCCACUUGUCUGAAGCAAUGGAUAUAAUUAACAAAAGCCCAUUUUCAAAGUCAACCUUGCUUUGGAGAACUUUGGUCAAUGUGUGUAAGUUAUGUGGUGAUUUGAAUUUUGGCAAGUUGGCUUCAAAACAUUUGAUUGAUUUGUCACCUGCUGAGGCUGGAUCUUACAUACUAGUUUCAAAUAUGUAUGCUGGAGAAAAAAUAUUAGAUGAGGCAGCAAAGGUUAGAACAGUUAUGAACGACUUGAAGUUAAGUAAAGAAGUAGGUUGUAGCUGGAUUGAGAUAGAAAAUAAGGUACACCAUUUUGUAGCAAGUGACAACAAUCAUCCACGAAGUAGAGAAAUUUAUGCGAUUUUGGAUCUAUUGAGGGAUGAGAUGAAAUAGAACUGUGAUAGGGCUGAUCUUAAUCUGAUUUGGAAACUUAUAUAAAUUAUAAAUACGAAGAAGAGCACCUGUCCUGCAGAGUUCUCACAAUUCAUAGCAAGUAGCCAUUUGAUUUGGCAUUUGCUCUUCAAGUACUUAAUUUUGUACAUACAAUACAAUACUGUAGUGAUGCCCUUAUGGAUCAACUGUUCAAAUCAUUGACAAAGAUAAAUAGCAGUAGAUGCCAUCAUCAAGAAAUCUUCCCCUUAGCCCUUGUAACUUGUAAGUGGUGCCAUUUUUCUAAUGCAGAAAAAAUCCGGGAUGCCAGUUUAUGGCGGCUUAUUUUUCCA